AUGAGUCAGUUACUAACUAGGUAUUUUAUGCAACAACCUCUUGGUUUUACUGAUUCUAAUCUGCCAAAUCAUGUGUGUAAACUCAACAAGUCUCUAUAUGGCCUUAAACAGGCUCCUCGGGCAUGGUUUGAUAAACUCUUUCAAGCUCUCAAGUCCAUUGGUUUUACUCAAUCUUGUUCUGAUGCAUCUCUUUUUGUCAUCAAAGAUCCUGUUCUAGUUAUAGUAUUGGUUUAUGUGGAUGACAUCUUGAUCAGUGGUCCCGAUCCGACAGUGUGCCAGCAGUUUAUUCAGAAACUUGGGUCUCUGUUUCCAGUCAAGGACUUAGGUCAUCUUCACUAUUUUUUGGGCUUGGAAGUUCAACGCUCAUCAAAAGGAUUAUUUCUUCAUCAAAGCAAAUAUCUUCUGGAUUUGCUUCAGAAAACCAAAAUGGACGGUGCCAAGCCAUGUUGUACUCCUCUUGGCACUACUAAACUGGAUCACAGUGGCAUUCCUCUCUCCAAUCCCACUGAAUACCGAUCCCUGGUUGGUGCCUUACAGUAUUUGACUUGGACUAGGCCUGAUAUCUCUUUUGCUGUCAAUCAAGUAUGCCAAUUCAUGCAUACUCCCACUGAUCUUCAUCUGCAAGCUGCUAAAAGGAUUCUCCGAUUCCUCAAAGGCACCUCUGAUCAUGGUUUAUGGUUUCAGAAAAGUUCUCUUAAUCUUUCUGCAUUUUCUGAUGCCGAUUGGGCUGGUUGUUUAUUUGAUCGUCGUUCCACCAGCGGCUUUUGCGUAUAUCUUGGCACAAACUUAAUCAGCUGGAGUGCUAAGAAGCAGCCUACAGUGGCUAGAUCCUCCACUGAAGCUGAAUAUCGAUUUCUGGCUGCUGUUGAACUGACAUGGAUCUGUAAGGUGUUUCAAGAUUUUGGUUUUCCCUUAUCUUCCAAACCUACAAUCUGGUGUGAUAACAUAUCUGCUAUCUCUCUUGCCUCCAAUCCUGUCUUUCAUGCUCGAACAAAGCACGUUGAGAUAGAUUAUCAUUACAUUCGAGAGUUGGUUCUUGCUAAUCUGCUUCAAGUUCGGAAUGUGUGUACUGAGGACCAAAUUGCUGAUAUUCACACCAAAUCUUUGACCAAGAACCGGUUUCUUCUUCUUCAAUCCAAGCUAUCUCUUGGAACUCCAACUUCUUCCAAGCUCAGCUUGAGGGGGUGUAAAGAUGAGGAUGCCAAAUCAUGA